AUGGAGACCGGAUUAGCAGUCACAAUCGCCGUGCUCAGUACGUUAGUAGGGAGUGGCAUACUCUACGGUGUAUACAAAUGCGUCGUCAUACAAAAGGGUCCCGACCCGGACCUCGAGAAUCCCUUUCCGCCGGCGUACUGCGCGUAUCAGAUGCCGCCGGUGCAAUAUCAAGCGCCGGCCCCAGCCUAUCAGCCUCCGGUCCAGUACCAACCGCAGGUUCAGUACCAGCCGCAGGUUCAGUACCAGCCGCAGGCUCAGGCAGGCUUGGUGCCGGCUGCCUUGGCAGCACUGGGGGCCCUGUGGCCGCAACCUCCGCCUGCUGCCGCACAACAAGACGGUUGGAGUGGCAUGCCGACCUUUCACUCUGCAACUCAAUUUCAGCUAUCGCCCAGCGCGUCCGAGCUCGCCGACUCCGCGGCCCGCGAGCGGGCCCAAGACGAGCUUGAUCGGCAGCUCCUGACCAAGACGAAGUUUUGGGAUCUCGACACCCUCGAGGAGGAGGAUCUCGACACCCUCGAGGAGAACGCCCGUCUCCUCCAGGAGCACCACCGCGCGGCGGGCUACCACGACUCGAAGACUUUCAAGAAAUCGGCCUCACCAAGUACCGACGUCUACCUGCAUAGGAGUCUGCCUCAAUACUGCGUCACGUCCGUCCCUUUCCUCGCCAUGGCGGCCCCAACGACAUCGGCGCACUUCGUCAACGUCUAUCAGUCUGUCGACAAAACCAAGCGCCCCGUUACCACAUCGCUGGCAGUCGCGAGAUCACCACGCCCGCCAUCGGGCGACACCGAAGAAAUUAUCACGUAA